UUAUUUUGAGAGUAAUUGAUUAUUAUUUUGAGAGUAAUUGAUUAUUUUGUUUUUUACAUCUUUAAUGGCGCCUCUGAAUGAAUGAAACCAAAACCAAAACCACCCUCUCUCUCUCUCCUCUCGUUCUCUCUCUAGCUUCUUCUUCUUCUUCCUCCUCCUACUCUAAAUUCUCUCUCCUCAAUUCAACCCAUCAAUCCAAAGAUCGAGUCUCACUGUUACAAAUACACAGAUUUCUUUGAAGUUGUGUUUUCAAAAAACCCUUUUACGUUUUAUGCUUGGGAGGAAAGCAAUGAACUGGCGAAGAGUCGCGAAGUCGGUGCAAGCCCUCGCUGCCCACACCUUCCUCUUCUGUUUCACAAUCUUGCUCGUUCUCAAGCUCGAUCACACCGUCGACUACUCUUGGUGGUUCAUUUUCUUCCCACUUUGGCUUUUUCAUUCAGUUGUUGCACGAGGAAGGUUCUCUUUGCCUGCACCGUCUGUUCCCCAUGGUCGUCAUUGGGCACCAUGUCAUGCUAUAGUUGCGACACCAUUGCUUAUCGCAUUCGAACUGCUCAUCUGUGUAUAUCUUGAGAGCAUCGAUGUCAACGGUUUUGCUGCUGUAAACUUGAAGUUUGUCUUCCUUCCUUUGCUGGCAUUUGAAAUAAUCAUCCUAAUUGACAAUUUCAGAAUGUGUAAGGCUUUAUUGCCGGGAGAUGAUGAAAGUACAAGUGAUGAAGCGAUAUGGGAAACGCUUCCUCACUUCUGGGUGGCUAUCUCCAUGGUUUUCUUCACCGCUGCUACAUUGUUCACGCUCCUUAAGCUGUCCGGAAAAAGCAACAAAUGCACACAAGAUGGUGAUUGUGGUGAUGUGAAUGCUCUAGGAUGGUGGGAUUUAUUUGUUAAUUUUGGCAUUGCAGAGUGUUUUGCGUUUCUUGUCUGUACAAAGUGGUCUAAUCCAGUGAUACAUAGAAAUUCUCGUACUCAGGAAGCCAGCUCAUCUUCUUCAACUAUAAGAUACCUUGACUGGAACAGUGGUUUAGUAAUUGCAUCAGAGGAUCAGUCCCAGGAUAGAAUGUGUGGUCUGCAGGAUAUUGGAGGGCAUAUUAUGAAAGUUCCGAUAAUUGGUUUCCAAGUCCUCCUUUGUAUGCGCUUGGAGGGGACACCUGCUGCAGCUAGAGAUAUCCCACUUCCAGUUAUUUUUUCUCCUCUUUUUCUAUUGCAAGGUGUUGGCGUCCUGUUUGCCAUGUCUAGAUUGGUGGAAAAAAUCAUUCUUUUACUACGUAGUGGAGCUGCCAUGGGACAAUAUUUUGCGUUUUCUUCAAUAGUACAUGAGUGCUUUGGGUACUUGCACCGCGGCUCUAGGUUUCUUGGUUGGUGGUCAAUUGAUGAAGGGAGCCGAGAAGAACAGGCUCGACUUUUUCAAGCUGGGGCCUCUGGUUAUAACACUUUUUGUGGCUAUCCUCCUGAAAUAGUGAAGAAAAUGCCUAAGAAGGAUCUUGCGGAGGAGGUUUGGAGACUUCAAGCAGCUCUUGGUGAACAAACAGAAAUCACAAAAUUUAGCCAGCAGGAGUAUGAAAGACUUCAAAAUGAAAAAGUUUUAUGCCGGGUCUGCUUUGAGGGAGAGAUCAGUGUAGUCCUGCUUCCAUGCAGGCAUCGCAUCCUUUGUGGUACCUGCUGUGAGAAGUGCAAGAAAUGCCCAAUUUGCCGUGUCUAUAUAGAGGAACGCUUACCUGUAUAUGAUGUAUAGCACUAACUUACCUGCUUGACCUUUUUGUAUAAAUAUAUUGGAACACAGACAAUUUCAAAAAUUAUUACAGGGAAAUGUUCUUGUUGAAAAUAUUUAGCAACAGUGAGGAACAUUUUUGAGAUUGAACUACUAACCGAAGCUAGAAUUAGGAAAUUUAGACAAUGCUGAUUUUAUGAUCAAAAAAAUCAUCGGAUAACUUCUUUUUUUUUCUUUGUAAAUUUCUGACUUUUUGUCUGGGUUAGAAUGCUGUGAUUCUGACUUUGUAAAUCUUUCGUAUUCCAAAAUUUGUGACAUUAUACCAUGUGUUUGUUGUGUA